AUGUCUGUAAACCAAAAUAUUCUCAUGUCAUUAAUCAAGCAAGAUCCAUAUGAACUCAUAUUGCAUUUUGUUGACAUAGUUCUUUUCUUGAAGGCUGUUACUGCAGAUUAUGCUAAAAGGAUGGACCAUCCAUCAAAUGUUGUUUCAAUGAUGGGAUUCCUCAGACCUGUCUUUAUGGAUGAGGAAUUAUAUUUACGAAGGCUCUUCAAGGGUGAAGAUAGUUAUGGCUACACCUCAGACUGGGAAGGUGGCGAGAUUGUGAGCGUUACUUCCAAAGGUGAUGGAAACCACACUAGCUCGACUGUCUACAGAUUGGAAGUGACGAGAAUAGAGCUGUUCUCUGUGUAUGGUAUUCAGGCAUGUACCCUUGCAGUCACCAUUUCGUGUUUAGGGGAGUUACUUGUAGAUAGGUCAGCAAUUAGUUUGGAAGAUUUUCAGGAUGCCGAGCCUGAUAUUCUUGUAAACUCAACUCCAGCAAUUGUAGAUCGCUUCAGUGAGAAGGGAAUAAGUUGUGAUUUUGCACUUAGAUCUCUCUGCAAAAAGAAGGGUCUCCCUGUCGAGUUUUAA